CUUCCUCUCUACCCGGGCAUGGCACUAAGGGCUUUGCAGCCGUCUAUCUCUUUGGUCUGUUUCACCGAGGAAGAAAGGAAGGCUCAGAGGAGAAGCGACCUUGCUGAAGGUCACGGAGCUGUUAACUGGUGACGCUGAGAUUCAAACUCAAGGCUGGCUGCCUGCAGGACAGGACCAGCUGGUGAUUCAGCAGUCAUGCAAGCAGCAACUCAAGCCCUUUCAAGGAAGCAUGUGUUUCAGCUGUGUGGACAUGACUUUCCCAGAUGAGGAGGGGUGCCAUUGGUGGGAUCCUAGCUCACACCUUUACCCCAGGAUAAUCAGCCAGUAUUAACAGGAACAUCCAUAGGAGUGCUUAAUCUUUCACAAUGAAAUCUGAAGCCAAGGAUGGAGAGGAGGAGAGUCUACAAACUGCCUUCAAGAAAUUAAGAGUGGAUGCAUCAGGGUCCAUCAUAUCUCUGUCUGUUGGAGAAGGCACAAGUGUCAGAGCAUCAGUCAGAACAGCAGCAGAUGAUACCAAACCUAAAACCACAUGUGCAUCUAAAGACAGUUGGCAUGGGUCUACAAGGAAGUCUUCACGAGGAGCAGUGAGAACCCAGCGUCGUAGACGCUCUAAGUCUCCUGUCCUUCAUCCUCCCAAGUUCAUACAUUGCAGUACAACAGCAUCUCCUUCUAGCAGCCAGCUCAAGCACAGAAGCCAGACUGAGCCACCUGAUGGCAGCAGUGGACGGGGAAUUUCAACCCCCAAAGAGUUCAACACAGGAGAAAACUCUACUUCUCUUGAUGUUAAUCACACAGGGGCAGCCAUUGAGCCUCUGAGAAGUUCGGUUCCAAGGCUCCCGUCAGAGAGUAAAACAGAAGAGCCCUCUGAUGCUACCCACAUUUCCCAAGAAAGUCUUACAGCCAACAAUCUCUCUGACUUUCGAUCUGUUUCCAAGCUAAGCCAGGGCAAGCCAUGUGCGUGUGUAGGCAAGGAAUGCCAGUGUAAGAGAUGGCAUGAUAUGGAAGUGUAUUCCUUUUCAGGUCUGCAGAAUGUCCCUCCUUUGGCCCCAGAACGAAGAUCACUUGAGGACUACUCUCAGUCACUGCACACCAGAACUCUGUCUGGCUCUCCUCGAUCCUGUUCCGAGCAAGCUCGUGUCUAUGUAGAUGAUGUGACCAUUGAGGACCUAUCAGGCUACAUGGAGUAUUACUUGUAUAUCCCUAAGAAAAUGUCCCACAUGGCAGAGAUGAUGUACACCUGAUAUAAAGAAGCUAAUUCAUGUGCUUUAAACCAAUGAAAGGUUGUCAGAGGUUUAGUUAACAGCAGACCCGGUGGCCACUCUGUGAGAAGACAUCUCUAUCUGCUCACUGUGCUUGCAAUAAAAACUUUUCUUGGCAUCUCAGUUAAUCUUCAUUCUGUCAGUUUACUGAGUUCUUACGUACCUGUUAAGGCAAGCAGGUCAAAGAAAAUCUCCUAAACAUGUUCUGAGGGCUGAAGAAACCAUGACUGGAGACUGGCAGCAGUGAGGACAUGGUGAAAUCCUUGUUAAGACAGCAUAUUUCAGACCUGCUUAAGAUGUGGCAGCCAAGAAACUCAAAUGUGCUUUUGUAACUGAACUGAACACUUGUCAUGUUGUAGAUGCCAACCCACCAAUAGUAGAGCGUAUAAGACUCAUUUAAACUAUCUUUGGUUUAACACGGGUUUGUGUCAUUAAAGGUUUCUUAUGUUACUGUUGAGUCAGAUCUAAGGUUUAGAUUCAGUUUGAAUAAACCAGGUGGCCUGUCCUAUAUUGUUUGAGGGAGUCAUUAACUUUACUAUCACUAAAUAAACCCCUGCUGGUGCUGUUUA